GCCAUCGUUUCAACCCUGACGUGUCUCGCGAGGGACUUCAAAAGCAUGGUACUCUGUCGCUUCUUCCUAGGAGUUACCGAAGCGCCUUUCAUCCCUGCAGCUUUCUACCUCUUAGCCACAUUCUACACUCGAAAGGAGCUCGCUCUGCGCGUAACACUGCUCCUCUGCGGAAGCGUUCUAUCCACAGCUUUCGCGGGCUUAAUCGCCCUCGGCUUCUUCAGAAUGGAAGGUAUCGCAGGACUCGAGGGGUGGAGGUGGAUGUUCCUCAUUCAAGGUCUCGUCACGUUCGUCGUUGCCAUCGGGUCGGCGUUUACUCUGCCUAACGAGCCACGGGAUACACGAUGGCUUACUCCCGCCCAACGUCAGCUUGCGUUUGAACGGAUUCAAAGGGAUACUGUUGAGGCGGGACCUAAUACGACUACUGUUCGUGGCUUGAUUGAUGCUGCCAAGGAUAAGAAAUUGUGGGUGUUUGUUUUCAUGUUACAUGCUGAGAAGGUUACGAUUAGUUUUAAGAAUUUCUUGCCGACUGUUGUCAAAACUCUAGGAUUCUCACAGACUAUCACCUUAGUCCUGACUUGUCCGCCCUACCUCGUAGCCACGGUCGUAAUGUUAUGCUGGUCAAUGAGUUCCGGCAAGUUUAAUGAGCGGACAUGGCAUAUCUGUGUUGGCAAGAUCAUUGCUAUAUUUGGGUUUACUUUGGCGGCUAGCACGAUGAAUUCUGGGGCCAGAUAUUUUGCCAUGAUGUGUUUUGUCGGAUCUAUCAAUGCCGUAGAUGGGAUACUCUUUGGCUGGAUCGCUGUGACGUGUGGUCAAACGAGAGAGAAGAAGGCUUGCUCACUUGCGUUGGCGAAUACGAUCUCGACUGCGGCUAUGAUCUGGUCACCUUAUCUUUACCAUGACCCGCCUCGCUUUGUUACUCCCAUGGCCACCAAUGCUUGUCUAUCGGUCGUUGUCGCACUUUGUGCAUUGGUCAUGAGGUGGAUGCUACGGCGCGAGAACCGCAAGUUGCGAGAAAUGAGUGCCGAGAAGACGCUCUUCUACGCUUAUUAG